UUUGAAAAUCGCGCAAACAGUGAAUGUGUUGACAAUGUAUUUGUGAAUCAAUUGAAUCAACACUACAAACAACAUAACAAUCAAUACAUUCAAUCAAUGACUCAAUGCUUAUAUAUUGUCUAAAACAUCACAUCAAUUGAUCCAUUGAUUUAGUGUUGUCAUUGAUGGGGGCCGAGACCAGUCUGUUCAAGAAGUUGACCAUUGAUUCAGAGGUUGAAUACAAAUGCAAAGAUUAUUCACUUUUGAGUGCAAAAUACGAUUCAAACCAUUUCUCCGUUUUUCUCUUCAAUGAUCACAACUAUGCCUUUGAUAUCACUCACUGGAAGACAAUCCGUCACCCAUUUAUAGUGAAAUAUUAUGAUUGCGGUCUAUUUCGUGGCCGAAAGUGUGUGGUCACCGAAUGGGUUCAACCGGUUAAGCCAUUGUUGCAACAAUUGGACAAAGAAGUGAUUGUCAGCGGUGUUCACAAUUUGGUCAGUGCUUUGGAUUUCAUUCACACGAUAUGUCACUCUUCAGUCAAUAAUAUAAGUUUGGACUCUCUAUUCAUAAACCGCUCGGAACGGACCGAUUGCUGGAAAUUGGGUUCACUCUUGUGUUUAAGUACUUCUACUUCAGAAACUGUCGACUUUUGCCACAAACUAUUGAAGUAUCACUCAGUGUUAGCCACUUUAGAUACACUGCCGCCAGAAGAUACUGAAUCUAAACAAAUAAAACGCUUAGAAAAUGAUGAAAUCUAUCGAAGAGAUACCUAUGCUUUCGGACAACUAUUAAGCAAAUUGUUGGCCGACUCUCAGAUCUCAACAAGUAUUGAACAAUUAAGAAAUGUUAGUCCAUUGAAGAGACCGCUUAUGAAACAUGUUUUAAACGAUGAUUUGUUUGUAAAGUCAGAGUUUGUCAAAUUGAAGUCAUUUUUAACAAGUUUUACCACUUUUAAUGAAUCGCUAAGAAAUGAAUUUCUUAAUGAUUUAGUCGACAAAAUGAGACAAUUGUCUGAUGAACUUAUUGUGCAUUUAAUUUCAUUUAUAGUCAAUUCUCGUCUUAUUAUGUCUAAUACAACAAUUCAAAAUCAAUUGUUACCAUUUGUAUUAAUUCCAGGCAAUGAUUCCGAUGAAGAAAUGUUAUAUCAAUUGACUUCAGGAGAAUCAAUAACAUUGAGACCAUUAUUAAAAAGAAAAGUUUUUAAGAGACGUGUCAUUCCAUUAAUAUGUAAGAUGUAUUGCAACAGAGAUUUAAGGAUACGUUUAUUACUAUUGCAAUAUUUGCCAAAUUAUGCCCCAUUGAUAUCAAAUGGAUGUCUUCGACAACUAAUUUUACCACAAAUUUUGAUGGCAGUGAAAGACUCUAACGACGAGUUAGUUUCGCUUACAUUUAAAGUCAUUUCGCAUUUGGUUAGCAUUUUUGGUGCCACUGUUGUGUUGGGUCCAAGAGUUAAGUUAUUUUCUGAUGGAUUACCCAAACAACACAAUCCAUGCGAUGAAAUUGAAAUCGAUUCCAUAACAAGUCUUAACAUAACUGAUUCAUCAGAGAGUGACAAGAGAUAUGAAAAUAAUGAGUGCAAUAAAUUGAUUGAUAGUAUACAACAAAAUAGUUGUAUUAAUGAUAUAGAAGUGCAAACAAUUAAGACAUCGAUAAAUAACAACGUGUUGUCUAUGAAUGCAAAAGAUUUGCAAAUAAAGACACCAAAGGAAAUGAAAAAUAAUAAUACUAUUGAAAGUGAAAUAGAUAUUAAAGGAUUAGAUAUUAAGGUAGAGAAGAAUGAAAUUGACGAUCUGUUUUCAUCUAUGGAACCGGUAUUCAAAUUUAGUCAAAAGCAUUUUGUUGGCCAACAAACAGAUAAAUCCAUUAAAAAUAUUACGAAUAUGUUUGCGGCCAAUGAUCCGACCAAUGAUGAGGUCGGUUGGAGUGACCACUCGUGGGAUAGUGAGUCUGAAAAAUGAUUGUAUCGACAAUAAAAUUAUUUAACCC